GCGAGUUAUUAACCAGGGUCCAUUCUUCCUUUACCUUUAUCUCCCAAAGUGAUGGCGUUCCUGCUUAGGGCUCUAGUGCUACCUGUCUUCCUGUCCUCGGUGCCCUGGGUGGCAGGGUCAACGUUCACCCUGCUGCUGUCCUUGCCCAACACCUCCAAGCCCUUCAGUGUUGGCAGGAUCGGGGCGGGCGCCCUCAUCGCCAUCGACGCCGUGAACCGGAGUCCCGAUCUGUUGGCAGGUCAUUGGCUGGAGCAUGAAUACGUGGAUGAUGAGUGUAGCGAUGUGAACGGCCCGGGGAAGAUAGUGGAGCUACUGCACAGACGGAACUACAGCGCUUUCAUCGGCCCCGCCUGCUCCGAGGUGUGUGCGAUCACUGCCAAGCUGGCAGCUUUCUGGAACAUUCCCGUGGUCAGUCCCACCUGCGCAGAUCAGCAAUUUCUCMUCAAAAAGGCUUACCCCACUCUUACCAGAGUGUUUGGCCCCUUCACCAAGAUGGGCUCGUUCUUUGUGAAGAUCUGUGAGAAGUUUGGCUGGAGACGUGUAAGCAUUAUCUACGAACACACACCUGCCUGGAUCAUCCCUGCUGAGGGAAUCAGGUACCAAGCUGAGGUCAAUAACAUCACUGUGGCUAAAUACCUGGCAUUUCAAACACCUCUCGGGCAAGACAGCACUCACACAGCCCUCACACAAGCGCGUAUGCUACAGGAGGUUGCCGAGGUGUCUCGCAUCAUAGUGAUCUCAGCGCAUGGGGAGGUGGUCAGGGACUUCCUGGUCGAGGCCCACAGGAGAGGCCUCACCACAGGGGACUACGUCUUCUUCUGCUUCGAGCCCUACAGGCUGGAGGAGAUGUUUGGCAACUUUGACUGGAAAAGAGGGGAUGUGGAUGACUCCGUGGCUAAGCAGGCCUACCAGGCUCUGUUUCUACUCUCCCUGUACAAACCCAACGACCAGAGGUACUGGAACUUCUCCAAUGACGUCAUCCGCAGAUCCAGAGAGGACUUUGGCUAUGUCUACGCACCCAACGAAAAGGUGUCGGUGCUGGCAGCCAUAGCCCAUGACUCUGUAUGGCUGUAUGCUCAGGCWCUGAAUGAAACCCUGGCGGAACGCGGGGACCCAUACGACGGCUUCACCAUAACCCACAAGAUGUGGAACCGAACCAUCACAGGUAUCCAGGGUGACGUUACCAUGGAUGCCAAUGGAGACAGGGAGUCUGCCUAUAUGAUGAAGCACAUCCAGGGCGGAGAGAACGACAGGGAGUUCAAAGUAAUCGCCAAUUACUUUGGUACRAAUAAGGCUUAUGAGCCAGUGGAGGGGGUCCAAGUCUACUGGCCAGGAGGGAGGAAGACUCCACCGAAGGACACACCCCACUUUGGCUUCAAAGAUGAGCUCUUCAUCAAUAUCGAGAAGAGGUUUGCCAUAGCUGUGGGGACCAUUGCUGUUUUCCUGGCCACCGGGACACUUAUCGUUUGUCUUCUCUACAGGAAGCACGUCAUCCAGAAGAAGGUGUCUGUGGUCCUAUGGAGGAUUAGCCCCGGCGAUGUCACCAUGAUGGGGCACAGCUCGUCCUCGGCAGGAAAGGUACCGUACCUCAACUCCGAGUCCAUCCAUGCUUCUCUGGAGUCAUCCGGAAAUAUGAAGGACAGUCCAUCCUCCACAGAACGCGCGGUCUAUAAGAGAACAUCUGUUUCAGUGCGACUGCUGAAUGUGAAGAGUGUGUGUCAGAAAGAGAGAUGCUCACUGAACGAGCGAGCAGACGGAGUUGGAGAUGUAUCGGACAUUUUGAAGAAUGGUUCCAUUAAGCUUCACUGGAGCUUCAAGUUCUCCCUGAUGCUGGACAUUGUCAAGGGGAUGGACUACCUGCACCGCAGCCCCCUGCGCUCCCAUGGUCACCUGUCGUCAUCUAACUGCGUGGUGGAUAGUCGCUUCGUCCUAAAGGUGACCGACCAUGGCCUCAGUCUCAGAAGACCCCCCGGCCAGGACGAGGAGGGCUGGUCUAAAGAACACUGGACAUCCUUGCUGUGGAGGGCCCCGGAACUGCUGAGGGACAGCAUGCCCUCCUCUGGCACCCAGAAGGGGGAUGUCUACAGUUUUGGCAUUAUUGUUCAGGAGGUGGUGUACCGCAGGGGCCCUUUCCAUAUCCCCAACAACAACCUCGAGGCAAGAGCCAUAUGUGGAGGGGGUCAGGCCGGGGUGUGUGUGGGGGGCGGAGGUAGCCCCCUCAGGCCCCACACGGACAGUUCAGAGUGUCCAGAAGGUGUGGAGGCUCUGCUGGGGGCGUGCUGGAGUGAGAGGCCCAGUGACCGACCAGACUUCUCCUCCCUCAGAGUGACCGUAAAGAGACUCUGCCCCAGCGGCGUCGGCGAGAACAUUCUGGAUGACCUGCUGUCCCGCAUGGAGCAGUAUGCCACCAACCUGGAGGAGGUGGUCAGCGAGCGCACCGCCCAGCUCCUGGAGGAGAAGAGGAGGGCCGAGGGCCUCCUCACUCAGAUGUUGCCACGAUCGGUGGCUGUCCAGCUGAUUGCUGGGAAGACGGUGCGGGCGGAAACCUACGACUCUGUCACCAUCUAUUUCAGUGACAUCGAAGGAUUCACCGCCAUGUCGGCCAGUCUCACGCCAAUGCAGGUGGUGAAUGUGCUGAAUGACCUGUACACRUACUUUGACAAUAUCAUCGACCACCACGAUGUUUACAAGGUGGAGACCAUUGGCGACGCGUACAUGGUGGUAUCUGGCCUGCCCAUUAGAAACGGGGACGACCAUGCGAAGGAGAUCGCCCGCAUGUCUCUGGCAGUGGUGCGGGGCAUGAGACAGUACAACAGUCCACACGUGCCCCAGCAGCAACUCAAAGUCCGCAUUGGACUCCACUCAGGUCCAUGUGUGGCUGGUGUAGUGGGACUGAAGAUGCCCCGGUUCUGUUUGUUCGGAGACACGGUUAACACGGCCUCGCGGAUGGAGUCGCACGGCUCACCAUUGAAGAUCCAUGUGAGCAGCUCCACUAAAGCUCUCCUGGACACAUUUAGGACGUUCCGCUGUGAGCUGAGAGGAGACAUCCACAUGAAGGGGAAGGGGCUUGUGAGGACAUUCUGGCUUUUGGGAGAAGACCAAUGAAAAUGUUAUGUUUUCUGUAAUUUGAUUUAGUCCGUCUCUCAGAAGUAAAGAYCAAAUCUUAAAAAAGAAAAUCUGAUAUACAGUUGAUGUCGGAAGUUUACAUACACUUAGG